CCAACAUGGUCGACGCACUGGUUCCAGAUUGAUGUGGUGGUGCCGGAGAAGUGGCAGAGCAAAAAACGAGUGGUGCUACGCGUCGAUGCUGAAUGUGAGGCAACGCUAUGGUCAGCCGAUGGCCAGGUGAUUCAGGGUUUAUCGCCGGAUUUUGGACGUACUGAUUUCGAGCUAUAUGGUUCAUUAUCGAUACCGCUGAAGUUUUACGUCGAAGCAUCCUGUAGCGAUCGGGGUGGUGAUGGCGAGGGUUACGGAAUACGGCCGGCGAAGAUGGAUAAGCAGUUUCAGAUCAAUCGUUUGGUCUCAUCAGAUUUCUCAGCUGAUGUUCAAGCGGAAUGCCGUUUGCAAGCUGAAGCAUUUUUUCGUCAACCGAAUGGGCCAAGCCAGAUGACUCUGUUUGCGAUUGGCAAUUGCCACAUCGAUACUGCUUGGCUUUGGCGUUAUCGAGAAACACGCAGAAAAUGUGCACGAAGUUGGUCUUCCACAGUGAAGCUUAUGGAUAAGCACGAGAAGAUGUUAGUUUGGGUAAAAGAACACUACCCGAAUCUUUACCACGAUAUGCGCGACUAUGCAAUGGAAAAUCGUUUUGUUGGAGUUGGCGGAGCCUGGGUUGAAAUGGACGGUAAUUUGCCAAGCGGCGAAAGCAUUAUUAGGCAACUGUUAUAUGGGCAGCGUGAAUUCAUGAAUUUCUGUGGCAAAGAACGGCGCCAUCUCGUAUUAGUCAUAACUGUAAAAGAAUGCCUGGAAUCGCAGAGUAAUUUCACAGAUCGUGGACGCUCGAAUGUAGCAAUGAUGCUGUAUGGCUUUGGAGACGGAGGUGGUGGUCCCGAAGAAAAUAUGCUAAAAAGAGCUGUUCGACUGGAAGACUGUGAUGGGGUACCGAGAGUUCGGCAUGCAACACCGGAAGCUUUUUUCGCUGAGUCGAUGUCGCUUCUUGAGUUCAAUGAAGGCAAAUCUCUAAGGAAUCAGUGGCAUCGUUUCCUGCUCAAUCAAUUCCAUGACAUUUUACCGGGAAGUGGCUUAAAAGAAGUGGUAGCGGAUGCAAUGAAAAUUUACAGUGCCUUGCUGAAUGAACUUACUGCUGAUGGCGACAAGAAUUUGAAGUGGGAAGGCAGAUGCAACGGGCCAUUAGCCCAAUGGGCAAUUAACAGUUGCAAUUGGCCGAGGACUCUAUUAUGCAAUGGUCGUCUGCUACGGUUGGAACCGUUCAGUAUAAGUCAUCUAAAUGAGCUUGAAGUGAUCAAACAAGACUUGGGCACUAAGCCUAUUGCCACCGAAGAAGACUACGGGUAUAAGUUGCAGAAUCGCUAUAUUACAGCUUCUGUUGAUAAGGCAGGACGCAUAAUUAGCUUACGAGUUAAUCGCAUGUGCGAGAGACAUUCUAGCAGGGGAAGAAGCAACGGGCCAUUAGCCCAAUGGGCAAUUAACAGUUGCAAUUGGCCAAGGACUAUAUUGUGCAAUGGUCGUCUGCUGCGCUUGGAACCGUUCAGUAUAAGUCAUCUAAAUGAGCUUGAAGUGAUCAAACAAGACUUGGGCACUAAGCCUAUUGCCACCGAAGAAGACUACGGGUAUAAGUUGCAGAAUCGCUAUAUUACAGCUUCUGUUGAUAAGGCAGGACGCAUAAUUAGCUUACGAGUGAAUCGCAUGGGCGAGAGACAUUCUAGCAGGGGUAUCUUCGAAGCAGUUGGUAGCGGUGUAGUUGCGAAUCAGUUUGUUAUAUUUGACGAUGUGCCACUGUUUUGGGAUGCAUGGGAUGUGAUGGAUUAUCAUUUAGAAACGCGACAGUUAAUCACAGCGGAGCCAAAAGCAACUUUGCUCAAAAAUUCGCCACUGGAAAGUCGCAUUCGUGUGGAUUUUGAAAUAAGCGAACAAAGCUCUUUGGUGCAGUAUAUCACGUUGUUCGCGCAUCUGCCGUAUCUCUGUUUCGACGUUAUAGUGGAAUGGCAUGAAUCGCAUAAAUUUUUAAAAGUUGAAUUUCCGGUGAAUAUUGUUAGCAGCGAAGCUUCAUACGAAGUACAAUUUGGGCAUGUGAAAAGGCCAACACAUAAAAAUACCUCUUGGGAUGCAGCAAAGUUUGAAGUGGUUGGACAUAAGUGGAUGGCACUAACUGAAUUUGAUCGUGGUGUUGCUCUUCUCAACAACUGCAAAUACGGACAUUCUUGUCGAGGAAAUAUCAUGACAUUAUCGCUGCUUCGUUCAAGCAAAUCUCCUGAUGAUACUGCCGAUUUGGGCCAACACAAUUUUUCGUAUGCGCUUUAUCCGUUCACUGGUUCAAUGCAGCGGCCCGGAAAUGAUCUGCAUUUGAGUGUCAUGCGAGCUGCGUAUGAGUUCAAUAAUCCAACGCGAUUUGUCAGUGGAUGGAAUGCAGAAGAAAAGAUCUCAUCAUUCCUGGAUGUUCGCGGAAGCGAAGGAAUUGUUGUGGACACGGUAAAGGUUGCCGAAGAUGAUAAAGCUACGCUUGUUGUACGAUUAUUCGAAUCGUUUGGUGGUAGCACUGAUGUGCAACUUGUCUUGAAGCAUCCUCGUAUCGUUUCUGUAGAUUUGAGUGAUGGCCUUGAAAGAACUCACUGUUCUCUUCCUGUUGAAACGAAUAAUGCUUCGUCAGGGAGUGACGCUGGGAACUUCGUCAACCUGCAUUUUCGUGCAUUUGAAAUCAAGACAUUAUUGCUGAGACUCUUUGGGCUAUAG